CACACGGCGCGGGAGGAGCCGGCUGGCGGCGGGCGCAGGCGCCGCAGCUCUCUGCUCAGAGCCAUGGGCCGCGGGGGGUCGGCGGCUCUGCUCGGUGCCUUCGCCUUCCUCUGCUUCCUGGCCCCGGCGGCUGAGGGCUUCAAGAAGAGGGGACCCAGCGUGACCGCCAAGGUGUUCUUUGAUGUGAAGAUUGGAGACAAAGAUGUUGGCAGAAUUGUAAUCGGAUUGUUUGGAAAAGUUGUCCCAAAGACUGUGGAGAACUUCAUGGCACUGGCAACUGGGGAAAGAGGAUAUGGAUACAAAGGAAGUAAAUUUCAUCGCGUGAUCAAAGACUUCAUGAUUCAAGGAGGAGACUUUACAGCUGGUGAUGGAUCAGGAGGCAGAAGCAUCUAUGGAGAAAGGUUUCCAGAUGAGAACUUCAAGCUCAAACACUAUGGAAUUGGGUGGGUUAGCAUGGCCAAUUCUGGCCCAGACACCAAUGGAUCCCAGUUCUUCAUUAGUGUGACAAAGCCUUCCUGGUUAGAUGGAAAACAUGUAGUAUUUGGCAAAGUCCUGGAUGGAAUGUCUGUGGUACACUCGAUAGAACUCCAGCAGACAGAUGAACAUGACCAGCCCCUUCAAGACUGUGUGAUUGUGAACAGUGGCAAAAUAGCUGUAAAAGAACCAUUUGUAGUUGAAGUAGAUGACUGGUGAGACCAAGAGUCAGAAUGGAAAGUAAAACAAUCACAUUUCUUUAAGGUCGAUUUUGGACUGAUUUUAACUAUCCAUUGAGUUUUCUCCUCAAAAGAUAAGGCUUUAUUUACACAUUACAUAUUUGCCAAAUACAUAAGACACAAACAUUUCUAUAAUGACAGACCUGUGACUCCUCUAAAUUCAAGACAUAUCCUGCCAAAUUCUAGAUCUUGGAGAAAAUGAAUUAAUGAAAGAUUGUAGAAGUAUUUGUGGUUUUUUAAUGUUUCAAAUACAGUAACUUUGUUGUCUGGAAAUUUUUUCAGUAUUUGUUUCUGCCUUUUCAACUAAAUAUAUUAUUUUCUGUACUAGUACCAGCAUUUUUUAAAAUGGAAAAAAAAACCAAAAGUGUUUUGAACAAAUAAACUUUGUUUUCAAAUAAA